CAAGAUCUCCCUUUUACCCAGAGGAAGGAAGCAAAGGGUCAUGGGAGAAAAGACCCAGGAGUGCCUCAGCUGUUGGGUUUCAAGGAAUAUGCGAAGAAGGAAGCUGAAUUAAAGCAGAAAAGGGUGGCGGAGCUGAGGGCGCGGCAGGAGCAGGCCCGGCUCAAGGAGACCAGCCAGCGCCGCAGCCUGGAGUCCCUGCAGCAGGACGCCCUCCGCAAGCAGCGGGAUUUCGAGCAGAAGGUAACACAGCCCCUCGGCUCCCAGACCGGCCUCCCCCCACCGGACUCCUGGGUUCUCCCCCAGCUCUGGGAGGGGAGUGGGGGCUGGUGGGUGCUGCUCAGUGGAGACGACCCUGCGACCCGCUGCGGAACCAUGACCCGGCCCAAACACACUACAGCUGCGAAGAAACACCCACGCAAGAACUGCGUGAGCCUUGUCCUGAUCCGUUUGCUGCUCUCCCGCCCCCCUCAGCAACAGAGCAAGGUGCCUGUGGCCAAGGCCUCGUGCGAGCUGCUGGCCAGUGGGGCGUGCGUGGGGGCCGACUGCCUGCUGAAGGUGCUGGCCAACUACAGUCGCAGCCAGGACCUCAAGACAGCCAUCAGCGUGGGGGUCGUAGGGUUCCCCAACGUUGGCAAAAGCAGCCUGAUUAAUAGCCUGAAGCGGAGCCGGGCCUGCAGCGUGGGGGCUACGCCCGGCGUCACCAAGUGCCUGCAGGAGGUGCAGCUCGACCGGCACGUCAAGCUCCUGGACUGCCCCGGCCUGGUCAUGGCGACCGCGGCCACAGACGCCGCCCUGGUGCUGCGCAGCUGCCUCAAGGUGGAGCAGGUGGCCGACCCGGUGACGCCCGUGGACGCCAUCUUGAGACGCUGCUCCAAGGAGCAGAUCAUGCAGCACUACGGUGUGCCGGCUUACCGGGACGUCACGGAGUUCCUAGCGCACCUCGCCCGGAGAAAGGGGAAACUGAGGAAAGGAGGCGUGCCCGAUCACGAGAAGGCUGCCAAAGCUGUGCUGAGUGACUGGAUGAGUGGGAAGAUCAGCUAUUUCACGCACCCCCCAGAGACCCACACGCUGCCCACCCACAUCAGCGCCGAGAUCGUCACGGAGAUGGGCAAGGCCUUUGACUUCGAGGCGCUGGAGCAAGGCAACCAGGAGGCUUUGUCUGACCUCCCGUCGGUUCCCGUGGGCAUCGGCCUCGUCCCCGCCGGCCUCACCAGUGUGGCCGGGGCCGAGAUGGAGGAAGAGGAGACAUCGGGAGAGGAAGAAACAGCCAUGGACGAAGACAGAGAUCUGGAGCUCGGCCCCAUGACGGUGGAACUGAAGGCUAAGAACAAAGCAGCCGCUGCCGUGGAGAAACCUGUUCCCAGAGCCCCCAGCCUGGAGGAGAUCUCAGCCCUAGACCCCCUGCACCAAGGGCAGGGGCUGCGGGCCGCUAGCAGGAGGCGGAAGAAGCAGCAGAAAAGAGCAGAGAAAAUCGCCAGCAAACUCUCCGCCACGCUGACGGCCGCCAUGAACUUCGGCGCAGCGGGCGACUAGGCGCGGCAGCGGCAGCCCCCGUGAGCCCUACACUCCAGCUACCUCGGGGCCGAUCGCCUCUCCUGGCUGGCGGGGGGCGGCUCGCGGAGACGAGACCACAGCUGCCACUAUCGAAAAGUCAGGCUCCUUUUAUUACCAGCUAAAAGCCCUAGCACGGCCCGUCUCCAAUAAAACAUCACACGCA